AUGCCGCCAAAAGGGUCGCUUGCUUCCUUGUUAGGCCAGCUCACCAACGCAGCUCCCGCCGAGUUUGACCCAGAAGCUCUCGACGCAGACCAGCCUGAACCCUCGACCUUUGCCAACGGCAACUCUGAUUCCGCAUCGGAUGACGAUGACGAGGAUGACGAAGAGGAUGACGAUGCGGAAGAAGGGGACCACAUGAACCCACGAGCACACUACGCAGAUGUUGGCCCGAGCGAGCUGCGCAAGAAGGCCGCGCUGAGCGAGAGCGACAAGAUCAACGACCCGCGCUACCACGGCGUCAAGACCACCCGUGCCGAGCUCUUUGCAGGCGAUGACGACGAGGAGGAUGACGAAGAUGAAGACGAGGACGAGGACAUCGAAAGAUUGUCGCAGGGAUCUUCAGAUAGCGAGGACGAUGACGACAGCCAGGACGAGGACGAAGACGAGGAUGACGAAGAAGCGGCUCCAACAUCUCAGCCCAAAGAGAAGAAGAAGCUGCGGUUCGCGGAAGAGCACGGCUCGCGCUCGGCCAACGGCGACUCGGACGAUGGUGCCGAUGCUGGUGCGUCUGGAUCGAACAGCAUUGCGGCGCAGAUGGCGCAGUCGGCGUCGCAAGCGCGUGCGCUGCGGGCACGUCGCGUGGAAGAUGCCGAGAAAGGGCGUCAGGUUCGCAAGCAGGUCAAAGCAUACGAGCGCGCGCUCGAGGCGCGCAUCAAGGCGCAGAACGUUCUGCGCGACGUCAACCGCCUUCCGGACCCCUCGCCUUACUCGGCGGCCAUGUCUUCGAGCUCCAGCGCCAUGGAGCCGGCGAUUCAGGUGCUCGAACAGCUGCUGGAGCUUUCCGAAACGCUCUUUUCGCUGCGCACGCGUCUGCACGCGCUCUCGGCCAACGCUGAAGACGACGAUACCGUUGAUGCGCCCAUCACACGCAAGCGCAAGCGCGACUUUGACGUCACCGUGCCCGAGGACGUCGAGGAGGCCGAGUCGACAUGGAGCCAGAUCCGCUCGCACGACCAGAUCGAUGCGGUCAUGCACGAUGUUGCUGCCUUCUCGGCUGCAUCCGAGCCGCAUCGCAGCGGCGUGUUGGACAAGUGGAGUCUCAAGGUGACUUCGGCGGCUGCAGCUGCAUCCGCCGCAUCAAAUGGCAACAAGUUCACCCAGCUGCGUGCGGUCAAUCAGACGCCGUCCACGCAGAUCGCAGCAGCACUGGCAGGUGAUGGUCUCGGGCGCCUCGUAGCACGCACGCGUGUGCUGCGGACCGAAUCAGAAGGAGCGCAUAAACUCGGCCGCACUGUCGACGCCGACCAGGUAGACGUCGAGGUAUUCGACGACUCGGACUUCUACUCGGCGCUUCUCAAGGAGCUCAUUGAGCGUCGAUCCGGCGUCGUACCCAGCGCUGACGGUACCACGGCAGCCAUGAUGCUCUCGGGCUUGAGCGGCAACAAGAAGAACAAGCCCGCGGUGGAUACGCGUGCGUCCAAGGGCCGAAAGCUGAGGUACGAAGUGCACGACAAGAUCGUCAACUUUAUGCCCCCCAUUCCGGACCGCGUAAAGUGGGGCACCGACCAGAUCGACAGGCUGUUCAGACAGCUCGCUUCCAGCUCCGUCGGCGUGGUUCCCGACUCGAGUGUUGUCGAGGAUGUGGUAGACGAUGCGGAUGCAGCCAUCGACGGCCAGCCUGAUCUGGCCGGUCUUCGCGUGUUUGGAUAG